GCGUGCGGUCGUCCCGUUAGAGCCGUUCGCUACAGAGCCUGUCGUGCGUUUGUUUGUGCUCGGUCUCGCUAAUGCGCCGACCGGACACCGGCGGGUUCUCGCCAGCCACAGCACAGCGCUUUACUGUCAGAGUCGCCUUCCUGCUGCUCCUGUUCUGCGCUCGGUCCUCUGUGUUUCCCUGCUGCGGGUCUCGGCGCUAGCGCUCCAGCAGCCAUGUCGGGCUUCAAUCUCCUGCACCUAAUAACCAAGAGUCAGCCUGUGGCUCUGAGGCCCUGCAGUCUCCCCUCAGGAGCACGCAGGACUAAGAAGACGUGGCCAGUGAGCUUCUCUCAGGAGGAGCUGAAGGAGCGCCUCACACCGAUGCAGUACCAUGUUACCCAGGAGAGAGGGACUGAAAGUGCAUUCACUGGCACCUUCACACAUCAUAAGGAGGAGGGGACCUACGCUUGUGUCGUCUGCGGAGCGUCGCUGUUCAGCUCUAGUACAAAAUUCGACUCCGGAUCAGGGUGGCCGUCCUUUUUCGAUCUCAUGCAGGAGGAGUCCGUAGCUCUGUCUAACGACUUCUCCUAUGGGAUGCACAGGGUGGAGACGACCUGCAGCCAGUGCGGAGCUCAUCUGGGCCACCUGUUUGACGACGGGCCGAAGCCCAGCGGGAAGCGCUACUGCAUCAACUCGGCCUCGCUGGCCUUCAGGCCCAAAGACGCCGCCCGGCAGCCGGCAGCAGAGGGGGGGUCCGUGGGCAGCUCGGCCGAGGGCGACAAGUCUGAGUUCUGAGAGGCAGACUAGGGAACCAAGGCCAACCCGUACCCUGCUCAUGAGUCCACGCACAUGCAGUGACAUAUGGUAACCCAUGUGCAUGCUUCCAAUAGAACCAGACCAGUUGAUUACCUCACUGUGGCGUCAGUAUUUCUCAGCCUGCAUCUUACCCUCAUAGGUCAUGAGGGUCACUUGGGUGAGAGAGAGAGAGCGCGUAGGAUCACUUUCUGUUUACAUUCUGUAAGAAUCACAGUUUCUUUCCUUAAUUAACACUAUCCUAGUUGAAUAGCUGCAUUUACAAACGUCCUCCUAAUGACUUUAACAGAUAAAAUAUUACAAACAGGUAACACCCGUGUUUACAAACGCCAGAAUUUUCCCUUUAUCUCCAGUUUUAAUUUACAAGAUCUUGGUUCUGGCCUCUGGUCUGCUGAUUUUCAAAAAAAUGCAGUGCUGCGUUUUGUGUAUGUGUGCGUGCUUUUCAUAUCCUGACCUAAUAUAUUUUAUUAGAGUAUAUUUUUGAAGUGAUAUUUGAUACUUUGGGGUGAAGAUAAGAAUAUGUUCUAUGCAGACUUUGACAGAUGUAUUUUUUUUUGUUUCUUCUGCCUUUCUGUUUCUGAUCACAGCUUGUAGUAAAACACUACAUUAAUAAAUAAAAUAUUUAGAAACAC